AUGGCUUUAAUCACGCCUCCAGUUCUCGUUGUGUUCCUCGCCUUCCUCGCCGCCAUUUUCCUUAGGCGGCACCGCGCUGAGUCCCUGGAUGAGGUGGCCAUACCGGAAACCUACCCAGCACCCCAUCAAGGGAGCUUUUCAGAGCUAAUUCUAGUUGCGAGCGAUUUCAUUCGCUUAGACCAGACGACUCCAUCGGUCACUGCACUCCCGGGCAUUAACAACACGGCCAUAGCCACCGUUGGCGGCCUUGCCGUAUUGCGCCAUGAGCCAUACCGUGUGACCGAGGACAUCGACUUUUGUCUGUCUGAUUCGCAAAUCGGGAAGGGGAUAAAAAAGGCUUUAGCUAGAGAUCGCCCGGAGCAUUGUCAAUUCUUUGCCGACAUCUUUAAGUUUCGAACCACAGGCCGCUGGGUCCAGAUCGACUUCGUUCCCGCCGAGAAGAUGCCCUUUAUUCCUGCUCAUGCUCAAUCCAUUACGAGCAUCGAUCCGGCUGCAAUCCCCAUCGCGUCCAGGCAGGAACUCCUUGCCCUGAAGGCGGCAAGUUGUGGUUACCGUGGCGUCCGGGCGCUUAACCGCAAGGAUGCGGAGGACUUCUGGAUCCUUUCUCAGGGUUUCCUUGGUACCCAAUACCUGCCGCUGCUUACCCCAGAGCAAAGGCUUCUGAUCGGUCGCGAAGCUUGCGGUAAACUGAGACGUGCUCUCCGUAAGCCCACAUGGGAUGGAAAACUCCCGUACUGA